AUGCGUUCCUUCGUGCUGCACAACCCCACGGUAACAAUCCAGGACACCAGCAUCGUUUUCGCCUUCGCCGGUCUCGGACACUCCCUCACCUCACCAUUCGUGGGCUUCCUGCAAGACAAGAAAAGGCUAGGGUUACAAGGUACCGCCGUAGUCGGCGCGAGCCUGGUGGCUCUGGCGACACUCGCCUCCUCGAUGGCGACUUCGGUGUUCGAACUCGCAUCUCUCAACGCGGUCUUGGGCGUCGGCGUAGCGUUCGCUUACACGUGCCCGCUCGUGAGCGGCUACGCGCUGAUGCCGGAUCGGAAGGGCACCGUUUCGGGCUUUGUGGUAGCGGGCUUCGGAGCAGGCGCGGCCGUCUUCGACGCGGUGGCAACGGCGGUCGUCAACCCCAGCAACACCCCUCCCGACCCCGCCACGGGCUACUACGGCGAGGCAAGAGAAAAGUAG